CAAUCGUUAAGUGCUAUGUAUUUCUCUGGCUAUAAAAGGCUUGUCCGCACCUCCAUUCCUCACCAAGUUAGCUAAAGAGAGAGAAAAGCUUGUGGGAAGUGAUCGCCAAGUGUUGGAGAGAGAUGGAGAGCACAGUUGGGCAGGUCAUAAAAUGCAGAGCUGCUGUUGCAUGGGAGGCAGGGAAGCCAUUGGUGAUCGAAGAGGUGGAGGUGGCACCACCUCAGGCGAUGGAGGUUCGAUUGAAGAUCCUGUACACAUCACUCUGCCACACUGAUGUUUACUUCUGGGAAGCCAAGGGUCAAAAACCAAUCUUUCCAAGAAUCUUGGGCCAUGAGGCAGCAGGGAUCGUAGAGAGUGUUGGAGAGGGAGUGACGGAUCUGGCACCAGGGGAUCAUGUCCUCCCAGUCUUCACAGGAGAAUGCAAAGAAUGUGCACACUGCUUGUCCGAAGAGAGCAACAUGUGCAACCUCCUGAGGAUAAACACCGACAGGGGAGUGAUGCUCAGCGAUGGCCAGUCGAGGUUCACCAUCAAAGGCAAGCCCAUCAACCACUUUCUUGGCACCUCCACCUUCAUCGAGUACACCGUCGUCCACAGCGGCUGCGUCGCCAAGAUCAAUCCCUUGGCCCCCCUCGACAGAGAGGGAGUGACGGAUCUGGCACCAGGGGAUCAUGUCCUCCCAGUCUUCACAGGAGAAUGCAAAGAAUGUGCACACUGCUUGUCCGAAGAGAGCAACAUGUGCAACCUCCUGAGGAUAAACACCGACAGGGGAGUGAUGCUCAGCGAUGGCCAGUCGAGGUUCACCAUCAAAGGCAAGCCCAUCAACCACUUUCUUGGCACCUCCACCUUCAGCGAGUACACCGUCGUCCACAGCGGCUGCGUCGCCAAGAUCAAUCCCUUGGCCCCCCUCGACAAAGUGUGCGUGCUCAGCUGCGGCUUCUCAACUGGCUUUGGUGCCACUGUCAAUGUCGCCAAACCAACGAAGGGCUCGACGGUGGCAGUUUUCGGACUGGGUGCAGUAGGCCUUGCUGCCGCGGAAGGUGCAAGAGUCUCAGGGGCUUCAAGGAUCAUUGGAGUUGAUGUGAACCCCAAGAGAUUUGAAGAAGCCAAGAAGUUUGGAGUCAACGAAUUCGUGAAUCCAAAAGACUAUGACAGACCUGUUCAGGAGGUGAUUGCUGAAAUGACCGGCGGUGGAGCCGACCGGAGCGUGGAGUGCACCGGGAACAUCGACGCCAUGAUAUCUGCGUUCGAGUGCGUUCAUGAUGGUUGGGGAGUGGCUGUGCUGGUUGGUGUGCCUCAUAAAGACGCUGUCCUCAAGACUCAUCCUGUUAAUUUCUUGAACGAAAGGACCCUCAAAGGGACUUUCUUCGGGAACUACAAACCUCGAUCUGAUCUCCCCUCAGUGGUUGAGAGAUACAUGAACAAGGAGAUAGAGUUGGAGAAGUUCAUCACGCAUGAAGUGACCUUCUCAGAGAUCAACAAGGCAUUCGACUACAUGCUCCAAGGGGCCAGCCUCAGGUGCAUCAUCCGCAUGGAUGGCUGAGGCUUGUCCUCCUCCUUCCUCCAGGAUGCAGCUACAUACCGUAGAACCUCAAUUACCUUGCCUUGACUUUUACUAAAAUGGAGUGUAUUUUUAUUUCUGUAAUUAAUGCUUGCCGUAAAUAAUGCAAGAUGCCCCUAUAGCUCAGUGGUAGAGCGUCAGUCUUGUAAACUGAAGGUCUGUAGUUCGAUCCUGCAUGGGGGCAUUUUGUAUUUUAACCUUUUUUGUUAAUAUUGAAUAAAUAAACAUUGUUGUAA